AUGGCAUCUCCCGCCACAUACAAGUGGUGCACACAGCGUACUUCGAUUUUCCUACGAUCCGUCGCGGCCAUAAGCUCCCUCGCCGCGCUGAUUGCGUUCGGAUGGUCCCAAACGAUGUUCGACAGCGACAUGGUAAUAGUGGAAGAUGCGGGCAAUUCGAUGGUCAGCCCCGUCACCGGAGCGACCGAGUAUACCUUUGUCUGGUCGCUGAUAAUAGCCUCCGUUGAAUUGUCUCUUUCCGUCCCCAUCCACCCAGCCAUCUAUGUUACCUUCGAUCUCCUCGCGUGGGCCGCGCUGGUUAUCUCUAUGACCUUAUACCUUUUGCUCAUGAACCCAUACUAUACCCGAGACGGAUAUAGUUGCGGCGUCAAUGGCAGGCCGAACUGUAAUGGAAAGGCUGUUGCCGAUAUCGAGCAUUUCGGUACAGCUAUGGCUUUUAUUGCUCUCAUUAUUCAUUUCGGGUAUUUUGUUUGGUCGUGUCGUGCUGUUGAUAAGAUGCGGAAGGGAGCCUCGAAGAAGUCUCAGGAUAUAGAACUCAACUGUGCCAAGUGACGGAAGAUGGUACAAGCCCUUUGUAUAGGAUAUGGCAGUACGGACUUUUUAUGAUAUUGAUGGCUC